AUGGAUAAGAAAAUUAAAGCAGUGCAACUGAAAAAGAGGAUCGCCCUGGAGAACAUAAAAUCGCUGGAACGGUUCCAGGCGAAAUAUUCGAGUGAUGAUGCCAAGCAGAUUCCAGAGGCGUUAGAAGAUCUGGCGAAACAUAAGGAAGAGUUUUUCACCGCAGUUUCGAAACUGGAAGAGCUUGAAGAUAAAGACGAAGCGGUCGAAGCCAGCAUAAUGGAACGGAUCGACAUUGAAGAACGCUGUCGCAAGCUAAAAUCAUUUCUACGGGAAAGACAGCCAAAGGAAGAAGGUUCGCUCAACGAUACAACGGGCUUGGCUUCCUCAACGCUUGCAUUCGGUCGACCCCACGCGCCAAAUUUACGUUUGCCCAAAAUCGAACUUCCAACAUUUGACGGAGAUCACACAAAAUGGCUUUCUUUCCGAGAUCGCUUCAUCGCAAUGAUCGACGCUUCAGCCGAGCUUCCAUCUAUCGCGAAGCUACAAUACUUACUGUCAUCGUUGAAGAGGGACGCGGCGGUACCCUUCGAGCAUACACCUUUAACGGCGGACAACUAUUCGGUUACCUGGGCGGCGCUUCUUAAACGGUACGACAAUUCUCGUCUUUUGAUUCGCGAAUACUAUCGCAAAUUGCACUACCUUCCGGGAGUGCAAUUGGUGUGCGUUGAUAAGCUCACACACCUGGUGGAUGAAUUCACCCGCUUCGUCAACGGGUUGAAAAAGCUGAAUGAACCGAUUGACUCGUGGGAUACACCCCUCUCAAACAUGCUGCUGAUGAAGUUGGAUCGAGAGACAUUGUUGGCUUGGGAGAAACAUUCCGUGCACUUCACGACGGACAAAUAUAAGGAUGUGAUCGACUUCGUGCAAGAUCGUAUCCAAAUCUUGAAAUCGACCAACAACUUCGUGAAGGAUCAAGCAGCUAGUGGUAUCAAGGUGGCCGGUCUCAUUCGUCAACCAGGGCAACGGAGAUUCAUCGCGAAUGCAGCUACAUCUCGCUCGGCUCCUGCUGCAUCGACUGCGCACACCCAACAGUCAAAGUGUCCAUUGGAGUGUUCCGAAGACCACACACUGCGCAAUUGUCCAGUGUUCAUCGCCAAGGAGGUGCAACAGCGACGGGACGUCGUCGCAUCGAAGCGGCAGUCGAAUGAAGACAAUGUGUUUCUGGCGACGGCAAACAUCCAGAUCAAGGAUGACUACGGGAACACCCAUGAAGCAAGGGCUUUGUUGGAUUCGUGA